AUGAAUCAAUCACAACAUCAACAAAACAACCAACAAAUACAACAACAAUGCAUAUUGCAAUACAAUCAAAGAUUAUUUCAACUAUUUCAAUCGAUCUUUAUUAAAAAUCGAUAUGUAUCUAGUUUGGUGUAUCAUCAUGUUAGACAAUUAAAUCAAAUUAGGAUGCAACAGUUGCUUUCGUUGAAAUAUAGUAUCACACGAGAUGAACUAGAAUCGAUUGAUAGCAUGUGCAAAGAUGACCCUCUUUUAGCCAUCGAGUUCAUUAGAUCACUAAGCAUACAUUAUAACAAUACAACUAUCGAGGAUUGUGAUCUCUUUAAGAUUGAACCUGGUGAUUACCAAUUUAAAAGUUAUAGCUAUGGGUAUCGCGAUGUUAACUGGGUACCUCAUUUACGACUAGACAAAGAAACACUCGAACUAGCAGCAAGAAAGAGACUACUUUACAAUGACAUCAUAAGGCAUAGACACGUAUUGUUUCUAUUUCAAGAGGAUAGUUUCCCUCCAGCCUAUGUCCCUAUCUUUUUCCAAGACCCCAGACUCAGCUACCUAUAUAUUUUAGAGUUGGUCCAACUCUUGAAAUAUUAUCCAGAAACCUUUAGCAAACUUGCCGAUCGUGGUGCAAUUAUCUCACAAAAAAUCGUUGUGCAUCUUGAUUACUCGACAAGUUGGAGAGCAUUACAUCAAUACAUUCAGUCGAUGGAUUGCCCCAAGAAACGAUUGGAAAUUAUCGAUCAAUAUCUUGCUCUACAUUUUGGUCAACAACAACAACAACAGCAAUGUAAAAGCGACAAUUUCGAUAUUAUAAAGACAAAGAUAAAACAAUGCAAAUCACAUAUGCCACCACUCACAACAAAUAUUGUGUCAACUAAAAGAAAGAAAAAACAAUUACACGAUAUUGGUAUACUCUAUUUGGAUUUGUUUGGGCAUCUAUUGGAUAAAAAACAAUACAAAGUGUUGGAUUUGGUCAUCAUCCAAGAUCCAAAUGCUUUAAUUGCCAUUCAACACUCUAUCGAAACAAGAUAUUCAAAAAAAAUGAUAUCUACUCAAACUUCAUUUAAUAUAUUAGAGUAUUAUAAAAAUGUUUUAACUCUUGACUUUAAUAGUCGAAAUAAUAAUCAAAAUCAACAACAACAACAACAAAAAGACAAGAUGGAACAAAUAUUUGGAAUACCACAAAUAACCAAAAAUACAAUUAAUAAUAUAUCUUUACAUUUUGAUCAAUUCUAA